AUGGGCAAGUCGAGACGAAACAGAGGUGGCCAAAGCCAUCGCAAGGACCCCAUCGCCAAAACCGUCAAGCCGCCCUCCGACCCCGAGCUCGCUGCUCUGAGGGAGAAGUCCAUUCUGCCCAUCAUCAAGGACCUGCAGAGCUCCGACCCCAAGUCGCGCACCGCUGCUGCCGAGGCCGUCUCAAAUAUCGUAUCCAAUGAAAAGUGCCGCAAGUUGCUCUUGCGCGAGCAGAUCGUCCACAUCAUCCUCAACGAGACCCUCACCGACGCCAGCCUCGACAGCCGCGCCGCCGGCUGGGACAUCUUGAGGGUCCUCGCCGAAGAGGAGGAGUCCGACUUUUGCAUCCACCUCUAUCGCCAGGAUGUACUGAGUGCCAUGGGAUUCGCCUCCCAGGCCAUCCUCCAAAACGUCGCCAGCGCUGCUACUCUGAGCAAGGCUGAUUUGAAGGCGACCUGGGCAAUUGCCGAGCCUGUCAUCGCUCUCUUGUCCGCCCUGGCCGAGGCUCAAGAUGAGAUUCUCGAGGCAAUCGUCACCAUCGAGGCCGUCAAGAACCUCCUCUUCGCAAUCAUCGCUUACGCAGACUCACCGCCAAACAUCUGUCUCGAUGCCCUUUCUGCCCUCCUUACCUUGUCCGAGGACAACACCCGUCUCGCCCGGGACGUUGUUGCCGACGACAGCCCCAAGCCCCUGACGGCUCUGAUCAAGUUGCAAGGCGUGUCCGGCGCCAAGGGUGUUUUGGCCUGCGGUGUUUUGCACAACAUUCUCACUGCCCUGCAAUGGUUCGACGGCACCCCCGACCAAAAGAGCCUGUCUGAUGCGUCCCUGAUCCCGACCCUAUCCUCAGCACUGAGGGAUCCCAAGCAGGACUCCGACCUGCCGCCCAAGUGCCAGUGGUCCAACCCGACCGAGGUGCUGCAGCUGGCGUUGGAGAUCCUGGCCGACAUUGGCACAACCCUCCAGCAGUCCAUGCGGGGCAGCGGCAGCAAGGACGGGGAGGAGUGGAACGGAAUCGGCGACGGAGACGACACCGCCAUGGACGAGGAUGACAAAGACAUGGAGCACGCUUCCGGCGACGAGGACAACGCUGGCGAGGACGGCAAUGACGACGACGACGAUGACUCAAUGGACGAAGACGCGCUGCAGGCCGACAUGGACUUGGUCACUGGCGUUGACGACGACGACGACGAGGCCGGCAUGGACGACCUGCCUACCCUGCGCGAGCUGGUGCAGCAGGCCGUCCCGCAACUCGUUGCCCUCGCGACCGCAUCUUCGCAGUCCGAGGAUGCCGCACAGCUCCAGGCGCAUGCCCUGUCCGCCCUUAGCAACAUUGCCUGGUCCGUCUCCGUGUUCGAUUUCUCCCAAGACCACAACGCCGCCAUCCUGAAGGCAUGGACGCCCUCCGGCAAGGCCAUCUGGAGUAACGUCAUUGUCCCCAUCCUGGCCGCCAACACCGCCGACGUCGAGCUGGCGACCAAGGUGACCAGCCUCGCGUGGGCCGUCUCCCGGAGCCUACCUGGACGCGUGCCCCUAGGCGGCGACGAGCACAACAAGUUCAUGGCUCUCUACCAGGCGACCAAGGGUCUUCACCAGCCCAACGCAAACGGCGACAAGUCCAAGGACGAGGAGCCCGAGGACCCGUUCCAGGGCCUCGGCGUCAAGUGCAUCGGCGUCCUGGGCCAGCUGGCAAGGGACCCUGCCCCCAUCGCCCUCAACAGGGAGAUCGGCGUCUUCCUCACCACCGUCGUCAACGCGCUGCCCGAGACCCCCGCCGCCGACGCCGUCGAGGCCCUCAACCAGCUGUUCGACAUCUACGGCGACGAAGACCUGGCGUGCGACAAGGAGGUCUUCUGGAAGGACAACUUCCUGCCGCACCUCGAGGCGGCCCAGCCCAAGGUCAAGGCCUUGGUGAAGACGAUCGAUAAGAGGACGCAGCCAGAGCUGCGCACCCGGGCGGACGAGGUUGCGCUGAACCUCGGGCGGUUCAUCCAGUACAAGAAGAAGCAGCAGCAGCAGCAGCAGCAGUAG